CGAUGAGAUGGCGCGGCUGGCACACCGCGUCCGCACCCAUCAGAACCGCAGGCGCAUCGCCGCAAUCACGACCUCCACAAAACAAUUUAUGUAACGCUAAACCAAGUGACAGUGAAUGACCAUAAGAACAAGUCAAGUGAAGUACACAAACAAUACAACCUAUAAUGUGAAACUGGUGAAAGUGUGCUUUCUAAUAACUGCAAUAUUGAGAUGAGGGCCUUUGUAAAUACAAGAUCAUUAUGAUCUUGAGCAAUACGGUAAUGCGAGGGAACAACCUGUGCUUGCUGGUAGCGACACUAGCCCUGAGCUAUGCGUGCGCUCGCGCCGAGGGCAUGAGGAGGUGCCAGCGCGGCGUGAGCUGGUGGGACCGCGAGCGCGCCGCCUGCGCCCCCUGCACGCGCUGCGACCCCGACCAGCGCCUAGCGGUCCGACUCCCCUGCGAACUACACAGGGACACAGUCUGCCAACCCCUCUUCCAAAUACAACUGUUCCCCUUCGAAACGCAAAACAGAACAAAAAGUGACACAACCAGUGACUAUGAAGAUGAUUACUCGGACUACGAGAGUGAAGUGAUAAAUGACAGUGAGGACAAAUGGGACUUCCAAGCGCCCAGUGUGGCGAUUGCCGCGAGCGGCUGUGUAGUUUUCUUUUUAGUGGUGUUGUAUCUUUCACUAUCCCACGCGAAGCAGUGGAAAGUGUUGAAGCAAACUCUUCAGUCAGACAUGCAGGACCUGACUGCGAAGAUGAAGCUGAUGGAAGCCGGCGGGGAGUCGCCCACUGAACCGGUGGCGCCCGCCUCGCACCACAUCUACUGCAACGUGCAUGUCGGCAAAGAAGCUCUGCUUGGUCCAGCUGCCUCCAAAAAAGGAUUUGGCAACGUGUACACGCAAGAGAAGCAUCCUUCUUGAUCACCACCGAAAAUACGCUCCUAUGGCUACAGUACAAAGUGAAUUCUUAAAUUAUAAAGAACCUCGCGCUUCAAGAGAUUAUCGAUAAGGAAAUAUUUUCUUAUAAUAAACGAUUUUAAAUGCUAA